GUAACGACGACACUGUAAUUCGGCUACUCCUCCAACAACUGCAAACUCAAUCCGCCCUCAAACAACUUAGCAAUAUCUCGCUCUUCCUCGGAAUUCAGGCGACACGUUCCAAAUUCGGCUACUUUCUAUCUCAAGAACACUAUGCUAUGAAAAUUCUUAACGACGCAGGCUACAAGGAUUGCAAAGCAGCUCCUACCCCGGUCACGUCGUCUAAGAAACAGAACGAAUCUAAUUCCCAACCAUUUCCGGAUCCAUCCCUCUACCGCCGCCUCGCUGGAUCACUUCAAUACCUCUCUAUCACAAGACCGGAUAUCGCCUUCGCAACGAACCAGAUCUGUCAACAUAUGCAGUCUCCAACCGAACAAGACUUUAAGGCACUCAAACGUCUUCUUCGCUACAUCAAAGGCACCCUAUCAUCCGGACUACCUAUCGUCGCUGGCUCGCUGGAACUACGCACUUAUUCAGGCGUGGACUGGGCAUCCGACACCAGCGACUGA